AUGGCGGUGCCUAUUCCAAUCGACGUGAAUGUUACCAAAAAGGAUUUGACUGAAGCGCUUGGAGAUAGUAUUACUCUUUACCAGCAGAGUUUGAAAUCAUGGUUUCGACAAAAGAUGUCAAAAGAAGAAUUUGAUUUGGAGGCCAGAAAAAUAUUGAAAGCAGACAUGGUUCACCUCCACAAUCGUUUCCUGUUGGCUAUUCUUGCCAAAUGCCAAGUCCUAAGUAAUACAGCUGUGACAACAGAGAAAGCACCCAGUGCCUCCAACUCUUCCCCUAAACAGAAACCUACCAAACAGAAAAAGAAAGCAGUGACUGCAGCCAGUAGAAAUAACUAUACACAAAAAUUUGUGCCAGUGAAUCCACUGUCGUAUGCACCACUGGUGAGUCCCCGGAGCUUGGAGGAUGAUAUCAAUGUUGGUUUUGCAUCAAGAGAGGCCACCUUGCCUGAUAUUUCCAUGGUUCAUGGUCGGAUGUAUGUAUGUGCCUGGGAGAAUGGUUUGGAUGAUGUGGCUGAAAAUGCAGUCAAAUUUGUGAUGACAGCAGUUGAGAGUCAACUCAAGAACAUUAUUGUAAAAGUUUUGGGACGUAAAAGUGGUUACCGUGUACGAGAAAAGCGCUUCAAGCAUUCCAUUGGCUGUGAUGUUCCUAAUCCGUACUUACAACGGUCUUAUCUCAAGGUUAAUUAUCUUUGUGAUAGCAAUACCACUGAAAUCUCCAACUCUGAAGAAGCAGCUGAAAUGGAAGCUGUGCAGCAACUUGCUUCUAUUCCAAUGAACAAACGUGUACGGAUUGAUCAAGGGCCAAUAACAUUGUUUCAUCUGCUUGAUGCUUUACAGCUGUAUAAAAAUGUGAUUCCAUCCCAUUCUGUGUAUGUCCCAGCUGUGGAGAAAACAAUUCACAAAUUACGACACCCAACUCAUGAAGAACUCGAGCAAGAUGUCAUCUAUCAGCAGGAAAUGAACCUGAAGCAACAACUUGCACAACAACAGCAUCAGAUGCAAUUGCAGUUGGUGCUCUAG